AUGUCUGGGUCGCUUCAAAACGCUGUAUCGAGCUCAAUAACAAAAAUAGACUGCACUACAGACGAUCUAUCUCAAAUUCUCUUCCUGGAUGAAGCACGACUGCGGUGUAGGUCCGGGGAAGUGCCUAGCACAUCAAGUUCCAGUUCUAGAAAUAGUAGACCACAGCCGUCAGACCAUCUCACUGUUAUACAAGAGGAAAAUGAAGACGACUACCCAUUCGAUUUUUAA